AUGUGGAGUUAUGUGGUGUGGAGUUAUGUGGAAUUAUGUUGCGUGGAGUUAUGUGGAAUUAUGUGGAGUUAUGUGGCAUGGAGUUAUGUGGAGUUAUGUGGCGUGGAGUUAUGUGGAAUUAUGUGGUGUGGAGUUAUGUGGAAUUAUGUUGCGUGGAGUUAUGUGGAAUUAUGUGGAGUUAUGUGGCAUGGAGUUAUGUGGAGUUAUGUGGCGUGGAGUUAUGUGGAAUUAUGUGGUGUGGAGUUAUGUGGACUUAUGUUGUUUGGGGUUGUGUGGACUUAUGUGGAGUUAUGUGGUCUGGAGUUAUUUGAAGAUAUGUGCCGUGAUGUGAUGUGGAGCUAUGUGAUCCUACUUGAUAUGAAAACGAGUGAGAUGUGA